AUGGGAGUGAAAUCGCUAUGGGAAAUCGUCGGCCCUGCUGCCAGGCCUGUGAAAUUGGAGGCAUUGCUGCGAAAAAAGCUCGCCGUGGAUGCUUCGAUCUGGAUUUAUCAGUUCUUGAAAGCUGUACGUGACAAGGAAGGCAAUGCUCUCGGGCAAAGCCACAUCGUCGGGUUUUUCCGUAGAAUAUGUAAACUUCUCUUUUUUGGCAUUCUUCCAUUGUUCGUCUUUGAUGGUGGCGCUCCUGCUUUGAAGCGACAAGUGAUCCAGAAUAGACGCGAGAAGCGAGAGGGAAACCGAGAAAAUAUGGCUACAACAGCACAAAAGUUGUUGGCUAUGCGGCUCCAGCGAAAAAUGGAGACGCGGCCGGCCCCUGCGCUGAGGAAAAGUAAAACUAACUCUGCUUCUGCAGAAUCUGCGACACCGCCGGUAGGUGAUCAAGAGUUCACAUACUUAGAAGACAUGCCGCUUCAGCACAAUCAAGCGCCAGUUGUUGGUCCUCAUGUUGAAGUUGUGCCCGAUAGCUCUCCGCAAAGGCCAUUUCGAAAGAAGGAUGAGUAUGACUUGCCAGAUAUAAAGUCGUUUAAAGUACGGAAAGGUGACCAAAGAAUCAUGCCUAAGGAGGAAUAUGACGAGUAUGAUGACAACAACAAUUGGGAUGUCGUUGACGGAAUCCCAGUGGACUCUGUAGAUCCAUCUUCGAGAGAGUUUGCUGAACUCCCCAUGGCUACUCAAUACAUGAUAUUGUCCCACCUUCGACUCCGCUCGCGAUUGAGACUUGGAUACACAAAGGAUCAAUUGGAGGAAUUGUUUCCGCAGAGUCAAGACUUCUCAAGGUUUCAGAUCGAGCAAGUCCAGAAAAGAAAUUAUUAUACCCAAAAGCUUAUGAACGUGAGUGGCAUGGCUGAAGAUACAGACAAAGCUAAAAGACUAGCCGGUGACAAGGAUAAGCUGUAUGUUCUCGUAAAAAAUGACGACGGUUGGACAUUAUCUCUCGGUGAAGGUGACGGCGACAAGCCUAUUGACCUUGAUACCGAUGAUCUCAACUCUUCACCACUUAAGUCCGGCAAAGCAAAGAAGGCUGCCUCAUCAGUUGCCUCUGACAGCGACGAUGAUCAACUAGAAGAAGUCUCGCUUGGAGGUGAUGCCGAUGACGAACAUGAACUUGCCAUUGUUCGUUCCAUCUACGAAAAAUAUGAAGGCAACGAGGAUCCGCCAGCAAAGAUCAUACCAAGAAACGAGCUUGCUGAUUUCGAUCCGCACGAGCUACAGUUGGCGAUAGACGAGUCAAAAAAAGAUUACGAAAUUGUAAAGAAGAAAGAGGACAAGGCUAUUGAAACGUUUCUCGAUGCAACUCAGAAUUCAGGGUUUGACCUAGGGCAAUCUAUACUCUUCGCACCGGAAAAGAAGGCUGAUGAUAAUUCGAAGAACGAGUCAAUCCAAACACCCCACAUCCAGGAAUUGCCGGAGGUUGAUUCGCCAAAGGCAGAGGCCAAAGACUCUCCUCAGAUCCCUGAAGAAAUCCCACUGACGCCUCCUAGAGCUACUGCAAUGCCGACUUGGUUUGGGCAAGAAUCUCAGCUCUCCAAUCCACAUCAAGGGUUUGGAUUUAUCCCUGAUCAAGAAAGUAAGGAGAGGGAGAUGAAUGCUGAAGAGGAAAUGGGAAUACUUGAUUGGUCGGAAGCCAAAGAGAUGAUGAAAAAGAACCUAGAAAAUGACGAGAUUAAUUUAGGAGAUGACAACUCUGAUUUGGAGAUCAUGGAAGAAGUUCAACUACAGGAACCUGAGUCCAAUGUUCAGAUAGAUGAACAGAACGAUAAAGGGGAUCACGGAGUAGAAGAGUUAGUCGAGGACGUGUCCGAUCGAUCUUUGCAAGAAGUUCCCAACGUUCAAGUAGAGACUCACACGAGGGAAGUGCCAAAGUCAAAGCAGAAAAAGAAACCAAAUACGAAAAAGCAGGCUCCAGUCGUUGCCAGUGGAAAUGUUAUUAAAAACUCGAAAGAAACGGAGCCAGAUUUACGAGAGAAGCCUGUCGAACUAGCACCUCCUGAACCCGCAAAUAAACCAAAACAGCAAGAAUCGCCAAAGAAGAGUGCAAUACUAGACUACGAUUUUGAGGAGGAGGAUGAAGAGCUGCUCAUGAAGCUCAUGGAUGAAGAGGAACUAGAGCAUGCGCAUUUCACAUCCAAUCUUCGCUCAGCAAACAUCCCAAUCAGCACUACAGUAACAGAAGAGCAGCUAUUACAGGAAAAACUACUGAAGGCAAGAAGAGAUGCUGAAGAAGUGACGGAGACAAUGAUUAACGAUGUGCAAGAGUUACUUAAGAGAUUUGGUAUUCCAUUCAUAACUGCGCCAAUGGAGGCCGAGGCUCAAUGUGCCAAACUAUACUCCAUGGGCAUGGUAGAUGGAAUAAUUACCGAUGAUAGCGAUUGUUUCUUGUUUGGUGGUAGCCGGGUUUACAAGAACAUGUUCAACCAAAAGCAAUAUGUGGAAUGUUACAUCGCAGAAGACAUCGAGCAUAAGUGUGGUCUUGACCGCGAGAAACUCAUUGAGCUUGCGCUCCUUCUCGGAAGUGACUAUACCGAAGGAAUUAAAGGAAUCGGGCCUGUUUUGGCAAUGGAAAUCUUGGCCGAGUUUGGGAACCUCAAAAACUUCAAAAAAUGGUUCGACUUGCACGCCAAAACCACUGCAAAAGCGAGUAAAGAAUCUACGAAGUUGCAAAAGACUCUUUUGGGGCGCAUCCGCAAUGGUAAGUUGUUUCUUCCAGACUCAUUUCCAGAUUCAGUCGUGGCAAACGCAUACAAGAACGCUGAAGUGGACAGUGACGACAGUAUGUUCAAAUGGGGAAUCCCCAGAUUGGACCAUAUCCGAAGCUUCCUCAUGUACAAUGUGAGGUGGAGCCAGGAGCGAGUGGACGAAGUGAUGGUACCGUUGAUCCAGAACAUGAAUAGGCAGAGGCAAGAAGGAAAACAGUCCACUAUUGGAGAGUUCUUCCCGCAAGAGUACAUUUCCUACAAAAAAGAUGUUGGAUUAGGCAAGCGGAUGAAGGUAGCUGCCCGCAAGUUAAAGGGCGACGAAGGUAAGUGA